AAUAUUAAAUGAAAGUAUUAUUUAAAUAUGUUCAUUUACAGGUCUGUGAUAACGCUCUGAGGAUUCGUUACAUCAAUGCAAGAUAUCCUGGGGCAACACACGAUGCUACGGUUUUCAAUAUGUCUUCUUUAAAACCCCAAUUAGAAGAUGACUACCGCAGGGGUGAAAGGAAUUUAUUAUUAGGUGACGCAGGAUAUGCUUUACAGCCGUAUAUGCUUACCCCAUUCCGGAACCCCGAUGACGGAUCAGUGCAGGGUAUAUUUAACAAAAGGCAUGCAAAAGCUAGGAAUAUUGUGGAACGCACGAUUGGGGUGUUGAAAAAUCGGUUUAGGUGUUUGUUAGGUGCUCGUGCGCUGCACUAUGAGCCAAAGAAAUCCACCCAAAUAAUAAACGUUUGCGUAGCACUGCACAAUAUAUGCAUUUUUUACAAUGUUGAGUCUUCGAAUGAAGAAAUUUAAUAGCCAAGACCCAGAAAACUAUGAAGAUCAAGGUGACAUCAAUGUUCAAGCUGGCCAUAUAAAUCAA